AUGGUGGAGGUCGAGGCUGCCAUGCUUGAUCAGUCCUCCUUGUCUCACGAUCUGCCUAAAAGCCCCGAGGACAUCAAAACUAUGCUCGACACGACUUCCACAGAACCUCCUAAGAAGCGCCGGAGGGUGGCGAAGCCGAAUGCGGAGAAGAAGUUCGAGUGCAAGCACGAUGGUUGUGGCAAGAGUUACUCACGCGCAGAGCACCUGUAUAGGCACCAACUGAAUCACACUCCGAAGACCAUUUUUCGAUGCGACUACCCCGAUUGCAACCGCUAUUUCGUUCGCCAGGACCUAUGCAUACGACACCGCGAGAGGCACACGACACACGGCUCCCAAUUACACAAGCGAGAUACCUUCGCUCAGUCUACCAGUCAACAGAAUCCUCCCUCGGUCUCGCAGCAACAGACGGCGCCAGCUGGCACCUACAGACAACCUGAGAUCUUCGCAAAGCCGACGCAUGAUCCUGGGCUGUCACGCAGCAACUCCGUAUAUCAGCAAGAGUCGAACGCCUUCGCGGUGCCACAAGUUCAACCAGCAUCGACUACGAAUCAAACAAUAUCUCCUUCGACAGCCUCGACUGACCUUCGCUACCACCCACAGACACCGCAAUUGCCACCCUCGCGAGACCCCGGCCAUACUCGUGCCGGGUCUUUCGGCAGCAAUCCUUUGAGCCCUGAUCAGAAACAAGAUGUGAAUAUGUGGGGCGCAGCACCCAGGCGGCCAAGCUACGGUUCUGCGAAUGGGCCGAGCGGGCAAAUACCUUACACUGCCAACGAUGCGCGCUUCUCUGGCGGCACGACCAUGGCCGCGCCCUCUCCAUCAAGGGCCUACUCUGCCUCCUCGUCCUCAACUAAUCAGCCCUGGCCCGCUGCCCGACAGAACUCAGACGGCCAGAUACAAGCAAGGUCCGAUUCAAAUGGCAUGAUGCCUAUAAAUGGCAUGGGCGGCUAUAAUAUGCAGGACUUCCAUAGGGGAGAUCUGAGCCGUGCCCAGGACGCGGCAUUCGCUGCUGCGGUGACACAGGGUUUACAGAACGCACGAACAGACAUGUACCCCUACACGACCCUAAAUCCGAUGACGACUGUCGAUAUGACCGCCUCAGGAUACAACUAUCCCACAUUUGGUAGUGAAGAAUUUGCCAAUCCUUCCUAUGGUCUGGCCGACGACUUUACUGCCUGGCUAUUCAACGACGCUCAAUCUGGGCCUACAGAAUUCUCCCCGCCUACUUUUCUGCCCAGCUAUCUCGACCCGCCUGUCAAUCAUGCCCACGGCCCGGCAUUUUUGCAGAGCCCUGCUUCGAGUGAUAAUGUCAAAUCUACGUUGGGCCACCCCAUGAGUGUUACAAGCAUCCUGGACAAUACCGAACGAAGUCAAUAUAUCAUGUCCGAGGAGAAGCGGCGAGAUCUCCUCACUCUGAUGCAGACACAAUUCAUCGAGCGACCACACGAUGCCGUCAAGAAGCGCAAAGACUCUGUAUUCGAAGGCGAUGUUGAUAGUGAGGGGCACAUUCUCAGCUUACGAAUGAUGCAUACCUAUAUCGGCUCGUAUUGGUAUCAUCAGCAUGCUCAGUUGCCAAUCUUGCACAAACCCACGUUUUCUGCAGACAGAACCCCGAACCUGCUACUUCUCGCAGUCAUUGCCAUUGGUGCCGCUACCUUGGACAAAGCCUACGGAACUUCGCUGACUGACUCGGCCGCGGAGUUUGCCAAUUUCAUCCUGUGGCAUCUGCGAUGGGAAAUUGUGCGGGAUGCGGAUUUUCGACCUCCCGCAAAGCUCUGGGUUUUCCAGGCUCUCCUUCUUGUUGAAGUCUAUGAGAAGAUGUACUCCACUCGUGCCCUACACGAGCGCGCCCACAUCCAUCAUGAUUCCACUCUUACGCUAAUGCGCCGCGGCAGCUCCCUGCUCGGACGUUCCGCCUCCGAUACCCCUCCGUCUGGCCGCGAUCUUGAUAAGUCUCAUACAGUCAACGGAACUGUGAGUAACAGCGAUGAGUCCUGGCACCGGUGGAUUCAAACCGAAGCUACACGCCGCGCUGCAUUCGGCGCCUUUGUCCUCGAUUCCAUUCAUGCUACGAUGUUCGGUCACGCCGCAAAGAUGGUCGCCCACGAAAUGCGCCUGCCGUUGCCGUGUGACGAAGGUCUCUGGACUGCCGCUUCGCCUGCCGAAGCUGCCCGUGUACAGUCUGCGCUUCACACCAACGGUGUGAAACCGACUAUGUUCCUUGACGGCCUCAAAAAGACUCUCAAUGGUCAGCGAGUCCGCACCAACUCCUUUGGUCGAACCAUCAUUAUGGCAGGUCUCCUUUCCGUGUCCUGGCACAUGACGCAGCGCGACUUGCAAAUAUCUUCCCUCGGGCCACGUACCGCUAAUUCCUUUGGAGGACUCGAUAAGUGGAAGUCGGUGCUGCUGCGUGCAUUCGAUAACUGGAAGCGUGAUUUCGAUGAAGCACUGGCCGAGUCCGCGCCUGCAGCGUCCUCUCCUACGAUUCGCCACGUCAAUACCUUGGUCACAGCCACCGCCAGUAACGGCAGCGGGUCUACCGGGUCCUCGGUCCACCACUUUCUGCGACCGGUCGAUGACGAGAACAUUUUCGAGUCACGCACUGUGCUACACCACCUUGCACACAUCGCCGCGCACGUGGACGUAGUCGAUUGCCAGGUAUUUGCGGGCGCCAAUCGCUUACUUGGCCGCUCGGUCACACCCAAAGACUACAGCAUCAUCCGGGAGAAGAUCGAGCGAUGGGCAGGCAAAGCAUCUGCGCGCGACGCUGCGUUCUAUGCCCUCAAGUUUAUUGCUCAGGUCAUUAUCCCUCCAGAGGGUCUGGAGAGCCUGCAGGGCACAGGGACAGGGCCAGCCAGUCUUGGACUAAGCAGAUACUACGGACACGCAAGCCCGAUUCUCCCUCAGGCAUUCGAGCAGCGCAUGUACAUCGCACGAGACGACUUCCUGCUCAACCGACCUUGGGUGCUGUACAUCAGCGCAUUGGUGGUAUGGUGCUAUGGAUUUGCGCUCGAAGGCCCCAUCAGCCCACAUCCGAAGAGCGAGGACUUUGACUCCUACGAGAAGAAGGAGCGUGACAUGCUGGAUUAUAUGACUCGCGUGGCGGGUGUCAGAGCGCCCGACGACUUGGAGCAGGUGACAGGCAAGAACCGGUGUUUGGGACUCUUGAUGAUCCUCAAAGACAGCUUCGGCAGCACGCGCUGGGAGCUGACGCACGAGGCCGCGGGCCUGUUGGGCAAUGCGUGUCUUAAGCUGCGAGGUAUUGAGGACGACGGCGACGCGCUGGUAGGAGAGAUCGGCGGCAAAGAGGGCUGGGAGCCCAAUAAGGACCUCGGGCCUGGGGCUGGCACAGUGGUCAAUGGCAUUGGCGUUGGCUGGGACGUGAUCAGGGAGGCGCGGAGGGGCGAUGUCACCGUCGCUAACGCUGCCAAGGUCUGA